AUGCCUUACCAGAUGUCAAAAAUAAUGAUGCACAAAAUAUUCUGGUCAUUACCCUUAUUAGCAACAUUAACCACAGCAUUACAACCCAAGCCUAACCCAUCAGGACCCAUACAAAACUUUUCAGAAGGGAAUAUAUGGCUUGAUGACAGUGUCAAUCAAGUAGAGAAUCUGUAUCAUUUUGAUACACCAUGCACUCAAGAUAACUUGAAUGUUCAUGACAUAAACCAGGAAAAAGGAGAGGGACACAUGCUUUAUGAUGCAAUCGACCCUUGGAAAUCACCAUCUAAUCAUCAAAAUGAAUUUCAUUCUCAUCUUGAAGGAGGACCUCAAGAUGGAAGCUUUUAUGAUGUUUUGGAUGCAUACUGGAAUACUUAUGGUCAGCUAGAAACACUCUUGCAACCUGAUGAGCUGGCAUCUCAUGGACCAGAAACUCAUAUGGAAAAUGAGAAAACUGCAGAUCAAAGCCAAGAGCUGCACUAUAGAUCUCCAAAUUCUAGCAUGGACUUUGAUGCAUUGGUGCAUCCAACUCAAGAUAAUCUCUAUCCACAUAAAAGGAUCAAAAGUGCAUGCACUACCACCCAUGACAAUCACAAUACUCCAACACCAGGGAUGGAGGGAUUUACAUCCACAGGUGAUCUGAUUCAUGAUCAUACAAAGAUGGUCAAGAAGAGUCAAUUUUUCCAGGACAGCAAGGAUGUCCCUUCCAAUGAAGAUAUGUACCUCUACACCUUGUUGAAUGAGUUUUCUGGAAACCUUGAUCCCUAUCAAAACCUUUAUGACAGUCAUUCAAACCGUCUACCUGGAAAUGAGGGGUCUUUUGAAAGGCAAUCUCAAGGUCCAUCCUCAAGACAAUUAGAUCCAAUUGUUCAUUUGAUUCAAGACCCUUCAGAAACAUAUAAUCAACACCAAAUUGUCCAGGCAAGCCAUAGGGUACAUCAUAAUUUUCCAUCUUUAGACAUGGACCUCUAUGAACAUAUCCAUGCAGCGCCCUCAAACCUCCAUUCCCAUGAAGGGAACAAGAGCACAUGGCCCAUCAAGACAUACCACAACCAAAACAACUUUCCAGUAACUAGACCUGAGGUCUCUGUAAGCAUGAACACUGCUCACCAACCUCCUUAUUCUGUUUCAAGUUCUUUCCAAGAGUCAAUGUCAAAGGCAUCAGACAAAUCAGACAAAGUAUCUAGUUCCAUGCAAAUUCAUUCAAAUGUGGCAAAUCAUGUUGUUAGUCCAGAAUCUGUGAUUGAACCUCACAAAAAGUGUCCUCAGAAUUCAGAAUGGUAUGGUUAUGAUCAAAGCAAUCUCAUGGGAAUUCCUUCAAACAUUGUGGAUCAUGUGCUAAGUCCCAAAUUUAUGAUGGAAAUCCACAACAUGAAUCCUGCAAAUUAA